AUGGCGGCGCGCAAACCGGGCGUCACGGACGUGACUUCGCACUCUACACCUUUCUCUGUGAAGGGCAAGUCGGCGAUAGUCACGGGCGCGGGUUCUGGCAUCAAUUUCUCCUUCGCGGGACUGCUUCUGGCGAAAGGGUGUAAUGUGCUCAUUGCGGACCUCUCUCUGCGGGCUGAAGCGCAGAAACUCCUCUCGGAGUAUGAUGGAAAGGGCAAGCCUAAAGCAGUCUUUGUAAAAACAGAUGUCACAGACUGGACGCAGCUAGAGCGCAUGUUCGACGUAGCUCGGCACGAAUUCGGAAGUGUAGACGUGAUUUGUCCCGGUGCAGGAAUCUACGACCCCCACUGGACCAACUUCUGGCACCCCCCCGGCAGCCCCAAAAGCAAAGACAGCCCAACGUCCAACCGCUACACCACCCUCGACAUCAACAUCACCCACCCCAUCCGCACAACACAACUCGCAAUCUCACAAUACCUCGCCGAUAACGUGUCUCCCAGCAACCCCAAGCGCGUAGUCAUCAUCUCCAGCAUAGCAGGCCAAGCAUCCAACCUAAACACCCCCCUCUACGUCGCAGCCAAACAUGCCAUGAACGGCUUCAUCCGCAGCCUCGGUCCUCUAGAUGCAAGACUAGGCAUACGCGUCAACGGCGUGGCGCCGGGCGUUAUCAAAACGCCACUUUGGACCGAACACCCCGAGAAACUUUCUUUCCUAGAUGAGCAGCAAGACGCGUGGGCGACGCCGGAGGAGGUAGCGGUAGCGAUGCUGAGAUGUGUGGAAGAGGAGGGGCUGGGGGGAGGAACGGUGUUGGAGGUAGGCGCGGGACAGACGAGAGUGGUGGAGCAGUUUAAUGAUCCUGGGCCGAGUGGGAGGGGCAUACGGUUACGAAUCUUGAGAGGAGCUAUGAGGAGGUGUUUGGGUGGUUGGGGAGGAGGGGUGGGGAGGAAGAAGGCGGAGGCGAAGCUGUGA